AUGUUGAUGAAAUGUAGCUUGUGGUUUUUGUAUGGCCUCCCUCUCGUUCAGAACGAUAAUAUUCUCGUCACCAUCACCAAUGGCAUCGGUUUCUUAAUCCAAGUUAUCUACCUCGUUCUCUUUUUGAUCUACUGUGGCGAUGAAUUACAGAGCCAGACCAUUUGGCAUUGCCUUGGGUUUGAGUUUGUCUUUGUGUUUUUUUUCUACGGGGUUACUCUUGGGGUAAUUGAAAGCCUACCUUCUAGACAUACAUUCAUUGGUGUUGUCUGCAACGUUUUCACCAUUGUUAUGUAUGCUACAUUUGUCAUGAAAACAAUGGUGGAGAAGCAAAGCUUUAAGUGCAUGCCGGAUUGGUUGUCCUCCGUUAGUUUCAUCAACGCUACAAUUUGGACGGCUUACUCUGUUGUCUACAAAAUUGAUAUCUACCUCCUUAUAAGCAAUGGUCUUGAGGCAUUGUUGUGUGCUUGGCUAUUGAUAGUCAAUGCUUUACAACACACUACUACGGAGGUGAAUUACGCAGGUGCUACAGUGUGA